ACUUCUCAUAGCACUUUCCCUCGAAAAACAAAAAACAAAAAAACUCAGAAGUCACCAUCUUCGACCUUGCUUUGAUUCUGAACUUUGCUCAGCGCUUGUGAGGGUUUUGAAAUUUGAAGAAUCUUGGGUUUGCUCUUGACUUUGCUCAACUACACUUCAAUCCAAUUUUCGUCAGUUUCUUCACAAUCUCCGAUUUCGAACCCUAAUUUGUUGUCAUGACUGAGUACUGGGUCAGCCAGGGCAACAAAUGGUGUGAUUUUUGCAAAAUUUAUAUAUCGAACAAUCCUUCGAGCAUAAGAAAUCAUGAGCUCGGUACACGUCACAAGGAUAAUGUUGCCAAGAGGCUGGCUGCUAUGCGAAAAGAGAAUACUGCCAAGGAGAAAGAGCAUAAGGAAACUGCUCAAGCCCUUGAGCAAAUCGAAGCUAAAGCACAGCGUAGCUAUCAAAAGGAUAAAGCAAAGCUUGAGGAAGCCAGAGAAUGGCAUGAAUUGGAUGCCGAAGAAUGGGACUUUGAAAGCAGUUCAGGCUAUUACUACCAUAAAACAAAUGGAUUUUAUUAUGAUCCGAAGUCGGGAUUUUACUACUCUGACGCCAUAGGCAAGUGGGUGACCCAGGAAGAAGCAUAUGCCUCACCUCACUUUGCUUCAACUACGAAAAAGGCCUCGUCAACUUCACAAUCAAACAAAGGAAACAAGCCUCAUAAUGGACCUUUACCUGGGAGAGUUGUUACAACUUCUUUGAAUCCCACGAGAAAUGUAAAAGCUGCUCCUUCAUCUCUUUCUCUUGGUAAGAGAAAAAGACCUGGUGAAAAACCCAAGGUUGUCUCUGAAGAAGAAAAAUCAGCUCUCAAGGCAAGAGAGGCUGCAAGGAAGAGAGUACAGGAAAGGGAGAAAUCCUUGCUUGGUCUAUACAGCAAGCCUUACUAAUUGGGGAAACUUGACUAAGUAGUCUUGACUUCCCCCAAUAAUUUGAGGGUUAUAUUUCCUUUUCCAGAUUUUAUGCUGUCAUUAAGUGGAUGUUAAUUCCAUAAGUGUUUUUUUUUCAUGUGUUUACCUUGUAAAUUUUAUGUAACUGUUACAUUUUUUGCAAUACUUGCUCAUUUUAAGUCGUAUUUGUAUGUGUUUUCGGGAAUGGAUCAUAGGGGUUAAAACUUAAAAGUUCUGAGUUAGGCUGCAGAAGUUUUUUCAAGAAUACAGGCUAAUCCUUGUGUAAUAUACAGAUAUGGAAAGUAAUGCACAUUUUAUGUUUCUUUUGUA